AUGUCAUCGAUUGUCGCUCUAAUUAUUGGUACGGGUAGUGAAUUAGAAGAUAAAAUAAUUCACCAGUUAGCAAAAAAAGGUGUAUGUGUUUUAUUUUGUUCAGACAAUACCGCUAAACUAGAACAAUUAAUAAAGACAUUGAACGAUGAUGGUAUACAACCGAAAUUUGUUAUCCUUGAUACUAUCGAUCUUCAGACAGUUAAUGAACAAUUUGGAAAAUUAGAUAUUUUAAUUAAUGUUGGAAUAUUACAUGAUAAUGGUCAAUUUAAAAUCAAUAUUAUGACACGUCAAGGUUUUGAAGCAAAAGAUUUUUUUGAUACAUUAAGUUUAUCAGAAUCCUUUAUACCUUUACUACAUAAAUCUUCAUCGGGUUGCAUAGUUAAUGUAUAUGGUCAAGUAAAUGGUCAGAAUGCUAGAUCAAAUUUAUUAACUGGAUUAUUUCGUGAUUAUUCAUCGAAAAUUGCCUUACAUAAAUUUAUCGACCAAUUUAAUAAGAAAUUUCAUAACACAAAUAUUAAGAUUAAUUCGGUUACACUUGGUGAUGAUAAGAAUAUUUUAAGUAUACAAGAAGAAGCGAGUCGUAUAAUUGAUUUAGCACUUUUACCUUUCAUUCAACCUUCCAAAUCAAAGACAAUGCGUAUUCUUUAUGGUGUAGUAGGUGAAGGAAUGGGUCAUGCUACACGAUCGAAAGUUACACUUGAAAUAUUAAUGAAAGAACAACAUCAUGUUAAAGUGGUUGUGAGUAAUCGUGCAUAUAAAUUUCUUGAUGAAAACUUUUCCCAUCGAUUUCCACGUUGUGCUGCAGCGAAUCAUGAUGAAGCAGCUAUUGAUAUAAUCGAAAUCGAAGGUUUAACAAUGCAAUAUGUUAAUAACGUCUUUGAUGAAAAAGCAUCCGUUUUACAUACGAUGCAACGUAUGCCAACGAUGGUUAACAAAAAUAUGAGUGCAUUUUUUCGAAAUCUUGUAUUCUGGAAGCCUCAAGCGGUUAUCAGUGAUUUUGAUAGUUUUGCAUAUAUGUUUGCUCAAUUACAUGGAUUACCAAUUCUUUCAAUUGAUAAUCAACAUGUAGUACGACGAUGCUCAAUUCCAGAAGAAGCUCGAGAAUCAGAUCCCAAAGCAUUCAGUACAUACAAAGGUUUUGUUAAAGGAAAAUUACCAUUCUGUAAUCAUUAUAUCAUUACUGGUUUUUUUAUUCCUGAAAUUCGUGAUAAAUACAAAAGUAAUACAACACUUGUUCCACCUAUUCUUCGUCAAAGUAUUAUUGAUGCAAAAACAAUACCAGCUGAGCAAGGCGAACAUUUUCUUGUAUAUCAAAGUAGUAAAAGUGAUACAUCUCUUAUUGAUACUUUACAAGCUUUUGGUGAAAAAUGUAUUAUUUAUGGACUUGGUCGAGAAGAAAAAAUUGGUAAUCUAGAAUUUAAAGGUUUUUCUGAACAAGGAUUUGUUGAUGAUCUAGCCAGUGCUAAAGGUGUUAUUGCCAAUGGUGGACUUUCUCUUAUGAAUGAAGCAGUUAGUUUACAACGACCAUUUUUUAGUGUACCAGUCGAGAAUCAAUAUGAACAAGUAUUGAAUGCUUGGUAUUUAGAAAAACUCGAGUAUGGAAUCUUUGCAGAUAAAAUAGAAGUUGAAGCAUUGAAAAAAUGGGUACAAAAUAUUCCAAAGUAUGCUAAAGCACUGUCAAAUUAUCAUCAUGAUUCAAAUAUGCAUUUGCAUAACACGGUUAAAAGAGUUCUCGAUGAAUUCAGUCACAAAUUUAUAUGGUGGGAUCCAUUAAAAUGUUUUUAA